UUUGUGGGGAUACACGUGGGAGGCGGCAGGUUCGGUUUCAGCGACCAGCUGCAGAUCGGCCACGCCCCCUGAUCGAUGGCCCCGCCCUCAGAUAGCCGCCGCCGCCGCCGCGCCCCUGGCUCCGGGAGCCUGGAUCUUCCCUGGCUGCCGGACUCUAACCUCCGGUACCGGGACCGGCGCUUCUGGGAUUCGCGGUACCGCCAGGCGGGGGCUACUGCGGCUGAGUGGUUUGGGGGCUUAUCCUGCUUCCGCCAGCAGCUGGAGGCGGAGCUGCGCCCGGGGGACCGGAUCCUGGUGCUGGGCUGUGGAAACAGCGCCCUGAGCUCCGACCUGUUCCAGCUCGGCUACACGGAUGUCACCAGCGUUGACUAUUCUCUGGUGUGCAUCGCGGGCAUGCAAGCCCGCUACGCCCAGUGCCAGGGCCUGCAGUGGGUGGUGAUGGAUGCUCGGGACUUGGCCUUCGCAGACGGCACCUUCGACGUGGUUCUGGAGAAGGGCACGCUGGAUUCCAUGAUGGUGGCGGAGAUGGACCCCUGGAAUGUGUCACCCGAGACCACGGCGCUGCUGGACCAGGUGCUAAAGGAGGUCAGCAGAGUCUUGCGGCCGGGAGGCCGUUUCAUCUCCAUCACCUUUGCCCAGCCGCACUUCCGCAAGCGCCACUAUGCCCAGCCCGCCUAUGGCUGGUCCCUGCGCCACUCCACCUACGGCACUGACUUCCACUACUUCCUCUACGUCAUGUGCAAGGGCCAGGAGCUGUCCCCUGCCGACCUGGCGCUGGGGCGGAGACUCCACGAGCCGCCCGGCCCCGCCUGCCCGCCCAGCUUCCUCCAGGCCUCAGACAGCGAGGAUUAUCUCAGUGCUAUUGAGCUGUGAGUGGGAAGGGCCUGCCACAGUUGUAGCAGCAAGGAGUUCUCCAGCCAACUUGGGGGCCUAAACCAACCAGCGCCAGCUGCAGCUGCCAGUGCCAGAUUCAUGGGGCUGGGUGACAGCGGACUCCUCUAAUCCAGUGCCUUGCCUAUGGCUGGAGCCCAGCCCAUCCUUCCAGCCACCUGGGUGCUGUGAGACCAAAGGGAAUGUUGGUUUGCAGCCAGCUCAAUAAAGUUGGUUUCUCUAUAGUC